GCCAGUGAAUAUCUGCGUUCCAGUUUAAUGGAAGUUUUGGAUCAUAAAGGGAAAGCGGAGAAACACCCCGGAGGAAUAAGUGCACCCAUGGAUGUCAGUGUGGCACGAGCGGUUUAGUGCAGUGGAGCCAAUGAGAUAUACAGUCAUGAUUUGGGUCGCGUUUUUACCUUUUUUGGUUUCGUGCGUACACGGGAACAGGACCGUGGAGCAGGUGCCGUUCUUUCACGGGCAUGUAUUUGAAAACUCGUCUCCGGGUUCCCGGGUCAACGGACUGAGCGUCCCGUUAAAGCGGCUCAACUCGCAGAGGCAGUGCGGUACUGGGGAAUUUGCAGCGCACUUUAAACUCCUGGGAGACGGGAGCGAUAAUUUUCGUGUCUUUGCGCACCACAAACGGGGGCAUAUUUUAUUGAAGACUUCUGGGGUUUUGGACCGGGAAGAACGGGCUGAAUACGCGCUAAGUCUUGGUUUGUGUUGCGGGCAAUGCGCGGAACUCUCCCGGGAAGUGGAUGAGGAGUCUCCGGUUGUCGCCGAGGUGGCGUCCAUCAAGGUGGACGUCCUGGACACCAACGACCACCAGCCCACCUUCCCCGGUGCCGACGUGAAACUGAGCCUGGACGAUGCCACUGCGCUCCGCACGGCGAUCUACACGGUGACCGCGCGGGACGAUGACAGCGGCAAAAACGCGGAGCUUAUCUACUUCGCUUUGCCCAAAAACGGGAGUUUCUACGCUGUGCCCAAAACCGGAGACAUUCUCCUGGUGGACUCCAUCCUCGGUCUAGAUGAACCGAUUAAGUUUAAAGUGUUUGCCCGUGACCGCGGGUGGCCACCUCGCACGAGCCAGAGCAUCGCUGUGGAGAUCAAUCCACGGCAAUGGCCCGUGGCGCUCUCGGUCAAUACCCAGCUGGGAAAACGGAAGUCGCAAAUCAAAGAACCAGCGCGAAAGUCCAGGUCAGUUAUGGAAUCAGACAGCCCCGUAUUUAUCAACGUGUCCGAGGAUGCAGGGAUCGGUUCAGUGGUGAUGAACCUGAACCCGGUGAGGUUUCAGUCGGCUGCGUUUGAGCUGGUGGAGCCAGACGCGGAGAGCUCACCGGUCAGCGUGAGCCGGGACAGCGGGGAUAUAGUCAUAUCACGGAGACUGGACCGGGAGACUGAGCCUCUGGUGGAGAUCACCGUCAAAGUGCAGGAUAAAAGAGGUCCAGAGUGGUACUUAGUCAGAGUGGAGUUGACUGUGACGGAUGUAAAUGACAAUAUCCCAGAAUGGAUCAUGGUUCCUGCUCCCUACCUGGCUGUGGUUUCUCCUGAUGCCGCUGCAGGCUCACUAGUCUACAAGCUGCAUGCUCAGGAUGGGGAUGAAGGGAACAACGGUGAAGUGGAGUACUUUCUGUCUGAUGGUGGUGAUGGUCGUUUUGAAGUGGACAGGAAGAACGGGCAGGUUCGAACUACAGGCCUUCCCCUCCAGCGGGACAGAGAGUACCUGCUGACGGUGGUGGCUGCUGACCGUCUGGGCAGCCGCAGCGCCCCCGUGGUCGUCUCUGUGGUGGCUGGAGCCAGACCGCCACAGUUCACCAACGCCUCCUUUACCAUCGCCAUACCAGAAAACACCCCCGAAGGACAGCCCUUCCUGGUCACACCUGCUGUGUCCUUUCAGAAGAAACCAAUCAGCUACAGCCUUCUCAUCAAUCCCAGCAGUCUCUUCUCCAUCUCAGCAGAGACUGGUGAAAUCAGCCUGACCCGCCCUAUCGACUAUGAGAGCGACCAGCAUCGCUACUUGCUCUUGGUGCGAGCCAGCGAGGGCCUGGAAAGCAUGAGCAGUGCAGCAGAGGUACGAGUGGUUAUUGUUGAUGAAAACGACUGCGUUCCAGAGUUCCUCCAGUCUAUUUACAGCAAGGAUGGCGUCCCGGAGACUGUGACCACAGCAACGUCCCUGCUGCAAGUGUCAGCCAAUGACUGUGACUCCGAAGAGAAUGCAGAGUUGACCUAUUACACCCUGAGUCCAGACUUUACCAUUUCCCCUCAUGGGACCAUCUUCCCUGCGGGUCCUCUGGACUACGAGAGGCCAAACCACCUGUAUGAGUUUGUAGUGAUGGCAAUUGACAAGGGGGAGGUCCCUCGGACGGGCACGACUACAGUACGGAUCCGAAUGGCUAACGUCAACGAUGAAGCACCUGAGUUUUCCCAACACAUAUAUCGGACGUUUGUAUCCGAGGACGCGGGCCCUAACACACUUGUUGCCACGGUGCUGGCAAAGGACCCCGAUGGUGACGGGAUCACAUACAAGAUCACUACAGGAAACGAGGAGGGCAACUUUAUCAUCGACAGUCAAAAAGGUUUGAUCCGUCUGCGCUCCAGCCCUCCCCCUCACCUCCAGGGUGUGGAAUACGUCCUAAAUGUUACAGCAACGGAUGACAACGCCUCAGGCGGACCUCAAGCCUUGUCGUCCACAGCUCAGGUCAUAGUGGGAGUGGACGACGUGAAUAACAACAAGCCUGUCUUUGAGAAGUGUCAGCAGUAUCGGGAGAGCACGUCUGUCCUGGAGAACCAGCCAGCGGGGUCGUUCGUUCUGCAGGUUCAUGCUGUGGAUGCUGACGAGGGCUCCAAUGGCAGGGUCACAUACGGCUUCAUGCACAAAGACUCCACUGUGCCCGCAUUCAGUAUCCACCCUGACACCGGAGUAAUUGUGACAGCCAGGAAAUUUGAUCGCGAACGCCAACGGGAGUAUGCAGUGACAGUGACGGCCACUGACCAGGCAGCUGACCCACUGAUUGGCAUUUGUCAGCUCAACAUCCUCAUCCUGGACCAAAACGACAACAGUCCCAAGUUUGAGAACAUCCGAUAUGAGUAUUUCCUUCGUGAGGACACAAUGAUCGGGACUAGUUUCCUGCGGGUGGCAGCUCACGAUGAUGACUUUGGCACCAAUGCAGCCGUCAUGUACUCCAUGUCCAGCGAACAGCCAGAGUAUCUGAGGGUCAACCCCCUGACAGGCUGGGUGUAUGUCAACCAGCCCAUCUCUCAGAGGACCUACAUCACCAGGGAAAUAGUGGCCACAGACGGAGGGAACAGGAGCAGUUCAGUGGAGUUGGCGGUCACCAUCACCAACGUGAAGAACCAGCCGCCACAGUGGGACAAAGACAGCUACAGUGUGGUCAUACCGGAAAACACCGUCCGGGACACACCCAUCGUGACCAUCAAAGCCACGUCUCCUCUCGGGGAUCCCAGGGUAACUUACAACCUGGAGGACGGUAUGGUCCCGGAGACAAACAUGCCAGUUCGCUUCUACUUGACCCCCAACAGAGAGGACGGUUCGGCCUCCAUCCUCGUGGCAGAGCCGCUGGACUACGAGACCACCAGAAACUUCAUGCUUCGGGUUCGAGCUCAGAAUGUCGCUGCUGUCCCGCUGGCGGCCUUCACCACGGUCUAUAUCAAUGUCACAGAUGUAAAUGACAACGUUCCAUUUUUCACUUCUUCCAUCUACGAGGCCUCUGUCACUGAGGGAGCAGAAUCAGGAACUUUGGUUUUCCAGGUUUCAGCCAAUGAUCUCGACCUGGGCUCCAAUGGCAAGAUCUCCUACUCCCUUCUGGAGGAUCGCAGUGGAGACCACCAGUAUUUCCGUAUUGACCCAGAGCUGGGCUUCAUCUACUCAGAGACCGUGUUUGACCGUGAGACCAAAAGCUCCUACCUGUUGGAGGUCCAGUCUGUGGAUGGCUGGGAGUCAGCACGGCCUGGCAAACAUGGACAGCCCAACUCUGACACAGCAUAUGUUCGUGUUUUUAUCAGUGACGUGAACGAUAACAAGCCAGCGUUUGCACAGGCGUCCUAUGAUGUUGAUGUGGAUGAGGACGCUGACGUCGGCUUCGCCAUUCUCACUGUCAGUGCCAACGAUGGGGACGAAGGUGGAAACGCUAAGCUGCGCUACCAGAUCACAUCAGGCAACACGGGAGGAGUGUUUGAUGUGGAACCAGAGGUGGGCACUAUCUUCAUCGCCCAGCCGCUGGACUAUGAACAGAACAAAAGGUACAAGCUUCACGUCCUGGCUUCAGAUGGGAAGUGGGAGGAUUACACCACCGUGACGGUAAAUGUGGUUAACAAGAAUGACGAGGCUCCGGUGUUUACCGUUAACGAGUACUACGGCAGCGUGACGGAGGAGCUGGAUGGAUCACCCGUGUUUGUGCUGCAGGUAACAGCGUCUGACCCAGAUAAGGACGCUGACCAGGAGGCGCUGCGUUACUCCCUCCAUGGCCAGGGAGCAGAGAGUGAAUUCAUAAUUGAUGAGGUCACAGGCAAGAUCUACGCCCAGAGGACCCUGGACCGGGAGGAGCGCGCCGUGUGGCGUUUUGUCGUCUUGGCCACAGACGAGGGCGGCGAAGGUCUAACGGGCUUCACCGAUGUCAUCAUCAACGUGUGGGACAUCAAUGACAACGCGCCCGUCUUCACCUGUGCCCCCAGUUGCCACGGAGACGUGGCGGAGAACUCGGUGGUGGGGACUUCUGUGAUGGAGAUGACGGCCACUGACCUGGACGAUUCAGCUGUGGGGCAGAACGCCGUGCUCUCCUACAGGAUUAUGGGUAGUUUGGACGCCACUAACAUCGAGGUGGGAGGAGUGCCUACCUUCUCAGAAAUGUUCACCAUCAACCCAACCACUGGGACCAUCACUGUGGCCAUGGCUGGUCUGGACAGGGAGCAGGUUGAGUCCUACCUCCUGGUGGUGGAGGCCCGGGAUGGUGGAGGGAUGACUGGAACUGGGACCGCUACCAUUCAAAUCAAGGACGUGAACGAUCACGCUCCAAGAUUCACUGAUCACUCCUGCCUGGCAAGGAUCUCGGAGAACGCAGAGCCAAAUGCAGAGGUCCUGGAGCUUGCUGCAGAGGACAGAGACACUGGAGAAAAUGCCCAGCUGACUUUUAGUGUUGUAGCUGGAGACCAAGAGCAGAAGUUCUACAUGGUCAGUCACAAGCAGGAGCAGCGAGGAACCCUGAGGCUGAAGAAACGUCUUGACUAUGAGCGACACAGCGAACAAAGGUUCAACCUCACACUGAAGGUUGAAGACCUGGACUUCUCCAGCCUUCUGCACUGUGUGGUGGAGGUGGAGGACUAUAACGACCACGCCCCUGUCUUCAUUCCACACCUCCUGUCUCUUGCCCCUCUACCUGAGGACAUUAAUGUGGGAACCAGCGUGGCACGUUUGGUAGCCAGUGACUCUGAUUCAGGCCAGAACCGGGACAUCACCUACAGUCUAUCAGAGGACUCAGACCCCGAGGGGCUGUUCACCAUCGAUCAGUCGGGCGUACUCUCUGUUGCCCGUCCUCUGGAUCGAGAGAGGAUAUCACAGCAUUACCUGGUUGUCAUGGCAACCGAUCACGGGGUUCCGCCUCUAACAGGCAGCGCCACGGUCCAGCUGCCGCUGCUGGAUGUAAAUGAUAACGGACCAGAGUUUGAGGCGGCGUACUCCCCAAUAGUCUUUGAGAAUGUGGCUGGACCACAGGUAGUAAGGUUGAACCAAACGUCGACCCUCCUCCGAGCUGUUGACCGAGACUCUCCAGAGAACGGCCCGCCCUUUCACUUCACUGUCCCCUCCGACUAUCGACACAGCAAUGAUUUCUAUCUCCAGGACAACCUCAAUGGCACGGCGACACUGACAGCUCUUCGGAUGUUUGACCGCGAGCGUCAGAAAGAGUUCCUCAUUCCUAUUAUUAUGAGUGACAGUGGCCAUCCAGCCAAGACGGUGACCAGCACCCUGACAGUGACCAUAGGUGACCAAAAUGAUCAUGCACAUGCGGCGGGGGAGAAGAAAAUUUUCAUCAACAGUCACAGAGGUCGUAUGCCAACUACAGUGCUUGGAAAGGUGUACUCUCCUGACCCCGAUGACUGGGACAACAAGACGUACGUCUUUGAAGGACAUGUACCAAGUUACUUCAUCCUGAACAAGCGAACAGGCUUCCUGAUCAUCAAGGAGAAUGCCCCACCCGGCCUCUAUCAGUUCCAGGUCCGUGUGUCAGAUGGAGUCUGGCAGGAUGCUGUCUCUACUGUCACCGUGCACGUGAGGGAGCUGCGAGACGAGGCCAUCUACAACUCAGGGUCUCUUCGAUUGGCUGACAUCACAGCAAAGGAGUUCAUUGAACUGAGAGGGAAGCAGCGGAGCCGCUACGAGCUGCUGGUGGACUUCCUGUCUGAGAUGCUCUCUGUUCCACCUGAUGAUGUCAACAUCUUUAGCCUAAUGGAUGUGAAAGAGCGAAUGUUGGAUGUUCGCUUUGCUGUGCACGGGGGCCCCUCCUUCCUCCAGCCCGAGAAAAUCCAUGGUUAUCUGGCCGCACACAAACAAAAGCUCCAGUCUUUCCUGCAGGUUAGUGUGUUCCAAGUCCGGAUCAACGAGUGUCCUAGUUCAGAGUGUGCCGGGGCCGGUGGCUGCACCAACGUUUUGAAUGUGCGGGACACACCCACGGUGGUGGAUUAUGGGACUUUGAGUCUUGUAUCUGUGACAGUGGACUCCACGGCGGUGUGCUCCUGCCCAGGCAGAGAGCAGACCCAUCAGCCCUGCACUGCAUAUCCCAGAAACCCUUGCUUCAAUGGAGGUGUGUGUGUGGACACUCAGCAUGGCUACAGGUGCCAAUGCCCAGCUCAGUUUGAAGGGCCUGAGUGCCAGCAGAACAAGCACAGUUUCCAUGGCAACGGCUAUGCCUGGUUUCCUCCCAUGAUGCCUUGUUUUGAGAGCCACGUGUCGCUGGAGUUCAUCACGGACGUGGCGGAUGGACUGCUGCUCUACAGCGGCCCAUUAGCCCAGCUGCAGGCCUGGGACCACGAGGACUUCAUGGCCAUAGAGCUAAUAGAUGGGACCCCCACCUUGAAAAUCAACCAUGGCUCUGGCACACUGGUGCUACAGUUGCCAGGCAACGUGAACGUGGCAGACAGACGGUGGCAUCGGCUGGAUGUCCGCAGCAACAGCAAGGAAGUGCGUUUCACACUGGAUCGCUGUUCAGGAGCCGCGGUGAUGGAAAUGGAGGGACUCGGCAGCUGGUUGACCACCGAGGACCACUCCUCCUGUGAAGAGACGGGCGUCACGCCCAACACUGACAGACACCUGAACAUGAGCCAGGUGCUCCAGCUUGGCGGUGUGAACGAGGACAUCCCCUACAUCUACCCUCAGCUUCAGCACAAACACUUCACCGGCUGCAUCCGCAACCUCAUCGUUGACAGCAAGCUGUAUGAUCUGGGCUCCCCGGCCGACUCUCAGUCCAGCUCUCCGGGCUGCCUGACCACCGACAGCAGCUGUGUCAACAUGGGCUACCCGUCCUGUGGCCACCGGGGUCGCUGUCACGGCGAGUGGGGCUCCUUCAGCUGUCAGUGUGUGCCAGGAUACACAGGACACCAGUGUGAAGAGGAAGUCCCAGAGUUUUCCUUUGAUGGGCACAGUCACGUGCACUACCAGCUGACGUCCCCGCUGCCAGCCCGAAGGACUUGGGUUCAGGUCCUGGUUCGAACUCGCAAACACAGCAGCACCAUCCUGAAUCUGAUCUCCAAGGAGCAGAGUGAAUACAUCCGACUAGAAGUUUUUCAGGGCCUCCUUUGCGUUUUCUACAACCUCGGGGAUGGAGACUACAACCUGACACUACCCACCUAUCGCCUCGACAACGGUGAAUGGCACGAGGUCUUCCUAGAUCGGCAUGACAAUGAGAUGAUGCUGCGGCUGGAUGGUGGCGGAGGGCAACGAGAGGUCACAGGAUCUCGAGGCCGAAGUCGAGAAAUCAUCAUUGACCCCACUGUGGUGAUGCUGGGAAACACCUUCCCCUCUGGAAUCAACAAGAGCUUCCAGGGCUGCAUGAGGGACGUACGCCUCAAUGGUCGCUACAUGCCACUGGACAGCCAGCCGCGAGAUGGGGUUUCCCAGGUCAGCGUGCAGGGCCUGUCCCAUGGGUGCUCAUCUGACUCCUGCAAAAGGAACCAGUGUAGCCCCCCCUUCACCUGCGUUGACCUGUGGAGAGUGCACGAAUGCAGAUGUCCUCCUGGCCACAUGAUCCGUGUGAACGGGACCAGGAAGUUCUGUGUCUAUACUCUCUGUGCUACUCGGCCGUGUCACCGGGGGACCUGCGUGGCCCAGUCACCCUCCAAGUUCACCUGCCACUGCCCCGAGGGCUACCGAGGACGCCACUGUGAAACAACACUGGCCAUCUACCGGGAGGACGUGGGCCUCAGCUUCAGCUCCCUGUUUGCCAUCUGUAUCUGCUUCAUGGCCUUACUAGUGCUGCUGUUGGGGAUUUUCCUCUACACCCGCUGGAGGAGCUACAAGGGGCUGAAGGAGGGAGUUUACCACGUCUCCGCCCACCACGACGGCUGGGAGGACAUCAGAGAGAACGUCCUCAACUAUGACGAGGAGGGAGGAGGGGAGGAGGACCAGAACGCCUACGAUAUGGCGGAGCUGCAGAAGUCCCUCCAGCCGAGCCCGGCCCAGUCGGUCCAGUACUGCCGAUCCAGAGCCCUGCACCAUCCUCCUCCCCCCCUCCAUCACCACCAUCACCUCCUCCACCAGGCGCCUCCCCCCCCUCCCUCCUCCCAGCCACUGGACUCCCUCAGCCGGACAGCCAGCUCCUCCACCCUGCCUCCCUCUGCAGCGUCCACCUCCUCCACCGCCACCACCACCGCCAGCCUCCGCAGAGACGUCCCCCCUACCAGACUCCCCGCGCAGGGCCAGGCCCGCCCCUCCCAGCUAGCACGCCGCUCCCUGUCCUUCUCCAGCCAGGACCUGGCCCGCUACCUGUGCGAGAUCAUCCGCGACGCCGACCAGCAUCCGGACACGGGGCCCUUCGACUCCCUGCAGGUGUUCUCCACCGAGGGAGGGGGCUCGCCCGCCGGCUCCCUCAGCUCCUUCAGCUCGGCGGGACUGGAUGGGGGGAGCGGCGGGGACGGGGGAGGGGGAGGAGAAGGGAGGAGGGAGGAGACGCUCGGGGAAUGGGGGCCUCGCUUUGAGAAGCUGCGGGCGCUGUACGAGCGAGCCGAGGCCAGCGACCUUUGAGCUCAGACGCACACAGACUAAACUGAUAGGACUCUGAUAACGGGGACCGUCCUGGAACAAUCAAUUAGCAGGCGCUUAGCGAAGGCGGAGGUGGGAAAACAGCGAGAGACUGAGAGAGAAAUCGCUCCACACCCCUCACUCGCUGACAACUGACACAGAAGGUGUUGUAUUUACUGGAUGCUGAGCCCCGUCAAUCCACAUGGUGGCCUAACAGACAGAUCAAAGUGUCCCUGUGAAAAGAGCUUGUCGCUCUGUGCUCCCUCUACCUUGGAUGACAAUUUUUGCAGGAACAGACGUUAUCAAACCUGCCAGUCAGGUUAAAGGCUUCAGAACGUCACUCUCCAGCCGGGCUACUCAUCAUGAUGGAGCUUAGCUUCACUGUCAGAAAAAUCUGUUCCAGUCACAGCCACUAAAACCCCAAAUUUCCUCUAUUUUCUAACACUCAUUGUGAGCUGCUCUGGAUGUCAGCUGCAGGCCUCAAAUGUAAAAUGGAAAUGUUUUGGCCAGGUUAUUUUUUAUACCUGAGCAAAUCAAUGCAACAUAAGAUGUAUUUUUAACACCUUGCUGAAUUAAAUCUUUGCAAAUAAACUCUUACCUAUAUUCCACUCAGCACUGUUUCGUGAUAGGACAGUGAAGAUGAGUGGGAUCAUACUGAGUAGCCCAUAUAUUACAGAGUUUGGAUUUUCAGUAUAUAUCGGACACAUAGUGUUCUCGCUGCCUGGCUGUACACAGCUUCUGUCAAUGUUUGUAUGAGAAAAAAAAUGCUUGGACCAGCACUGGGUUGCAGGGUGAGAUUAUUAUUCUUUUCUUCUGGUAAUGUGUCCUUCACUGGGUUGAGUAAUUCUGUAUUGGUUGGGUGUUUCAAGUUUCAAUGCUCCGUGGGUUGUAAGACAUCAAGCUUUCUACUUACUACUGCGCCCUCGUCUUCAUGUGAUAUCCUAUUCUCAUUCGCGCUCCUUCGCUGCGUGUUCCUCCUCGAGGGAGGGUGCACAAAAAUUCAAACAGCUUUGUAACAAAGAAAUGAGAGCGGACGUGCGGACUGCGGGAGGGAGGAAAUACUUGCUCUGUUGCUCUGUUGCUCUGUUCCGCGUACGCUCUUCCUCAGGCAUACCAAAUGUGGCGGCUCGGGGAGACUAUUUUAACAGACGAUUCCACGGUAGAAUACAAACUACGUCAAAUGGCUUUCCAAGGUGACUACUCAAUAAAUACAAAUGGAAGGGGAAGGAUGAAGGACGUUCGUAACAAUUAUUCAUAUAUAUUGUUCUGAGCUGUGAUACCUGUGCCAUACGCAAUUCACACACACGCAUCUAUCCAUUGUUCCUCGCUUAAUUACCACAUACUCUUGAUUGUAGGAAAAUGGACUGAACGCUGCAGGGAAAUAAUAGGUCUGCAGUUAUUAUCCAAGCUGUGAAUUGUCAGCUCAGUGGCAAGUGUUCCUUGUUUGGUUUACUUUUCACAUCAGGGUGAUGGAUCUUUUUUUCCCCUCUCAACAAAAAAAAGACUUCCCGCUGUUGCAGAACCGGUGAGAACAAUUUGUGUAAAAAGAACGAAAAAAAGCAAAACCAAUAACAAAGCAGCGGUGGGGGAGAGAAGUCUGAAAAGAAUGCUUUCUUUUCACCUUUGAUAAGGGAGAUGAUUACAGGGUAGAGGGCUGAAUGAGAGUAAAUGAGGAUGGUAGGCUGAGAGAAACCAUGUAACCAUGCCGGGCUCCUUGGUGAGAUAUGCCACCAGUGCACCGUUGAUCUCCGGGGAAGCUGUAGAAAGAGAAGGGACAUGCUCGGAGCAGGGGUUUUCUGGUGGAACGGUUUGUUUCACAGCAAAUGGCAUAGAUAUAAAAAGUCAUGUGUCCCUGCAAUCGUCCAAAAAGCCAACCUGGUAUUUCAGGCGCUGUAUUGUGCUGGAAGUAGCAGCAGCAGCUCUCAUCGUGCUCUUUAUUCUUCUCCACGCUGGCGGAGCCGUGUGAUAACAUGUCAGGCCACUAAUCCUAAUAGGAGCUGAUGGCAUGCUGUCAUGCUGGAAAAAACCAAAGGAUUGUGGGUACUUUCAAAAUAGUCGACAGAGAAGUCGAUUCCCAGAUUUUAGCUUUUCAGAAACAUGCUAUUUUCCUCAAAGCCGAGACAACAAUCAAACUUUUAAAAAAUAAGAGACUUGGCGGUCAGGUGAGGGUGCAGCACUUUGUCUUUUUUAAAGACAGGAGGGAUUUCCUAGAGCGGGAAGCUUGUUUUUCUAUUCCUCUGGAGAAAGAGGCCGAGUCUGAGCCACACAGAGUGGUGGAGGAUGCUUCACUUUCUCUCUGCAGCUGGAAGGAGCAGCAACUCACUUCCCACCACCAUUCAUUUGUACCAUAAAACAGCUUCUUAAAUGUUGUGUUCUGGGUACAGACAUAUUGUGAACAAAGUUAAUGUUUUUACAUCAUUUGUAAAUACAAAGAUAGAUUAAUUACAAUUAUUGCUUUUUGUCAAAAAAGCACCACAUAGAUUUAAAAUGUGCAGCUACUGAGAAAAAUAAAAAUGAAACCCAACAUAUCUUUUUUAUCAUCAUGAUGGUGAUGAGCUUUGGACAGUUAUGUAAGUGUUUUGUAUUUGCUUUGAUUUUUUUUUUCUCAAUAAAUGCAUUUGUUUGCACCAGUGACUGUGCUGAAUCGUGACUGCAUCUGAAAGAAGAAACUGUGGAAUUAAAAGGCCUCGUGUAAUGAAAAACAAGGAAAUGGCAUUGAUGGGGGAAAAAAUACUUUUAUUGAUCAUACUGCCAUUGAACAUUGAUGUGUCUAAUAUCUAACACUGGCAUUGGAGAAUAUUUCAACCUAACUCAUGUACACAU